AAAUUAGAAACAGUUGAAAGAAGACUUUAGUGCAAGAGAUUAACUUCAGUCUUCAUUUUCCAUUCUGUCUCUCUCGCCCUCUCUUUCAAUCAAUGGGUGAAGCAGAGAAGAAGAAGAUCAUCAUCGACACUGACCCAGGAAUCGAUGAUGCCAUGGCGAUUUUUGUAGCACUUCAAUCGCCUGAGGUUGAGGUGAUCGGCUUGACCACGAUCUAUGGCAAUGUUUAUACCACUCUGGCCACAAGAAACGCUUUGCAUCUGUUGGAGUUUGCAGAGAGGAGUGAUAUUCCAGUUGCUGAAGGUUCUCAUGUAACAUUCACGAAAGGUACAAAGCUUCGAGUAGCUGAUUUUGUGCAUGGUUCGGAUGGGCUCGGGAACCAAAACUUUUCUCCUCCGAAAGGGAAGCCUAUUGAUCAAUCUGGACCAGCUUUUCUCGUUGAACAAGCUAAUCUUCAUCCUGGAAAAAUUACAGUUGUUGCUCUUGGGCCACUUACAAAUAUUGCCUUGGCCAUUGAACUUGAUCCUGCAUUUGCACAAAAGAUUGGGCAAAUAGUUAUUCUUGGUGGUGCCUUUUCAGUUAACGGGAAUGUUAACCCAGCAGCAGAGGCUAAUAUUUUUGGUGAUCCGGAUGCGGCUGAUAUUGUAUUCACCAGUGGGGCUGAUGUUGUUGCCGUAGGGCUUAAUGUGACUCAUCAAGUUGUUUUCUCAGUGGCUGAUCGAGAUAAGCUCGCACAAUCCAAAGGAAAAUAUGCUCAAUAUUUAUGCAAGAUCUUGGCUCUCUACUUCUCAUAUCAUCAUGAUGCUUAUGAAAUGCAAGGUGUUUAUCUUCAUGAUCCAACUGCAAUUCUUGCUGCUGUCAAUCCAUCAUUAUUGACCUAUACUGAAGGAGUUGUAAGGGUUCAGACGAGCGGUAUCACAAGAGGAAUGACAAUAUUUGACAAUACGAAGAAAAGGUACGCCGAGAUCACAGAGUGGUCUAACAAGCCCACUGUAAAAGUUGCUGUUACAGUCGAUGCUUCUGCAGUUCUUGAAUUAGUUAUGGACAGGCUCAUCAACUCGUAGAAUCAGAAUCCAGUCCUCUAUUAUUUAAGCAGUCCACUCAACAGGUUUGCUCUUACUUGUGUUUGUUCUUUUGAAUUGUGCAAAUGUUCUU